AACAGUUCAACGCCUAUAAACAAAAAACAGCAAUUUUGUGUUGAAAAUUUAAAUAAAACGUUACCGUAGUGUUAAUAAUAAGCAAAUUAAAUAUUUUUAGCAUUCGUUAUAGACAUGUUUCUAGUAAAACCCUUAGAAAUCAAUUAAGAACCCAUGAAAACACAGAAAUAGUUGUUGAACAAUGAAUAAUUUUGAAACUGACGGUUGGGAUGCAAAUGAAACAGUUGCAUUGAUUGCAACUAUUAAAUCCAUCAAGGAUCAACACGAAAAUGGCACCAGACUCCGUAUGGAUUGGCAGCAAGUGGCGCAGGAAAUGGCAAACUGCUUAAGUGCCCACAAUCAGGAGCGCAGCAUUCCCCAAUUGCGGCAACGAUAUCAGAAAUUGCGAAAUGAUUAUUUUACAGCUCGCUAUCGCAAUCGUUCCUGUCCCUACUUUAAUCUAUUACACGAUUUGUUUCAAAACGAGCUUUCGCCGGAGCACGACGAAUCCGCGGAAGAAGAGAACGAGGAACCGCAGCAACAGAAGCACAUAGAGGACGACGAAAUGGAGCAAAAAUAUGCCAACACGUUGCAGCUGGAACUUGACGAUGACAGUCCAAAUGGCACGACGGGAUUGGCGGCUAAGCAGCCACUGCGUUGCAAGUGGGCGGAGGGCGAACUUGAAGCAUUUCUUCAUAUCAUAACCAAACAUAAGCUCCAAACUCCUCUGCUGCGGAAGCGUAAUGCGAAAGUCUUUAAGCUCAUCGCCAGGGAAAUGGCCAAGCGUAAUUUCCUAAAGCGACCGGAGCAGCUGCGUAUUAAGUAUCAUCAGCUGAGGCGACAGUAUGCCAAGGCCAAGAAUGGAGGCGAACCCUUUGAGCAUUUUGCGGAGAUGGAGGCGUUGCUCAACGAUUCGUUGCAAGAGCCGCAGCAGGAGGAGAGCGAUGAAAUGGAUAGCGAUACCGUAGACAGCGGCGAGGAGGAAGAUGGCGAGGCUCCAUUGUUGGCCACAGGAAGCGACUCAGAAGGCGCUGUUGUUGCAUCGCUGCCAUCGAGCACGCGUUGCAAGUGGACCGAACAGGAGGUGGACAUUUUUCUAGACACGAUUAGCAGCCUCGGACUGCAGUCGGCACUGUUGCGCAAACGCAAUGCCAAAAUCUUUAAGCUACUAUCUAAGGAACUGACCAAACGUUCCAUUGAUAAACCGGCCGAGAAGCUGCGCAUCAAAUAUCAACAGCUACGGCGACAAUACAACAAAGCCAAGAAUGGCGGCGAAUCUUUCGAGCACUUUGAAGCAAUGCAUCAGCUGCUGAAUCCCAAGACUGAGCCCCAGGAGGCAAAUGGCGAAGGGAAUCUAAGCAGCGGCUCAGAGAGCGAUUUCAUGGACAGCGAUGACAACGAUGCGGACAACUCUUCGAGACGUGGACGUCAUCCGGAUAGUUAUUACUGGACUGAUGAGGAAGUGGAUGCAUUUCUGACCAUCAUAAAGCAACAGAAUCUAUUUCGUGCACUCGACGGCUCCAAAAAGCGAAAUUUCAAGAUUCUCACCUACAUUUCAAACAUAAUGGCAAAGCAAUCGUAUAAGCGAACGCCACAUCAGUUGCGCAACAAGCUGCGACUAUUGAUGCGACGCCAUCGCGAGGUGCUAAAAGAUGGUCUGAAAAAUGUUCGAAUGCUGCCACGACACUACGAAAUGCUUGACGAUCUCAUGCAAAAAAAGCGCACAGCCAAAGCAGUUGUGACCCCGGAAGAAGAUGCCAUCAAAGCGUCACCGAAAACAGCUCCCAUCAUGGAGGAAAGCGAUAGCGACGUCUCCAGCUCCGGUUCCACCUGUGAUUUGUUGCGUGCGGCAGCUGAAAGCGAUGAUGGUGAAGAUGCUUUGGAAUUGGCAUCAGAUCCAACGCCACUUGAGGUGCUGACCAGCAUCAAUGAGGGGCAAAAGCAGUUGAUGAAUAUGCUGACCACAUCGCAGGAGAAUUUCCUGCGGCAACAGCGUGAAAUGCAAACGCAAUUCCUGCACCAAAUGUCGAGCAUUAUGCGGCAGGAACGUGAGGCAACAUUCCAGAUGCUCAGAGAACUGUUGCAACCCAAAUGAAAAACCCACAAGAAAUAAAAUACUAUAAUGAACUUGUUUCAAGCUUCUAAAACUUUUAUUAAAUUGAAUUUGAAGUUA